GGGUUUCAACCCACCGAACCCUCUCUUUUCAUCUCGUUUACUUCUCGAUCUUCCUAUUUUUCAUUUCCAGUCUUCUAUCUUCGUCUUGUUUCCUUCAAUCUUAUGCUUUGUUUUGGUGUUUCUAGGGUUGAAUUCAGGAGACGGAGCUGAAGCUAGCCGAGCUUUUUGAUCUCUGUGUGUGUUGGUGGAUUCGUUUUGGGACAGUUGGAUUUUGAUGGAUACCAAUAAUUGGAGGCCUGCUCAGGCUGAGCCCGCCAUGGAUCUGGGCGAUUGGAGGACCCAGUUGUCCCCCGAUUCACGCCAAGGGGCUGUCAACAGGAUAAUGGACACUUUGAAGAGGCAUCUUCCUGUUUCUGGACAAGAGGGUCUGCGUGAGCUUAGGAAAAUCGCUUUAAGGUUUGAAGAAAAGAUUUAUAAAGCUGCCACGAGCCAGUCUGACUAUCUGCAGAAGAUAUCACUGAAGAUACUGACAAUGGAAACAAAAUCUCAGACUGCAAUGCCUAGUAAUCUGCCAUCGAACUCAGCUGGCAAUAGCAAAAAUCCCCCAGAUCCAGCAGAAUAUAAUAAAUUGACUACAACCCAGUGCCAAUUUGGAUUCAGGACAAGGAAAUGCGCUGACUUCAUUGCAGCAGAACAUUAAUCAAUUUCAGAGAUUGAAUUUAGAGUAAGACUCUGAGGCUGGCAAAUGGAAUCGGUUGGAAGUUGCUGCUUCAUAGAUCUACUAUGAUUUGGAAAUUUGCAAAUGUAGAAUCUAAGUAACAACUCGGUCUACGCAUGGUGUGAUUUCUGGAUAAAAUGUUAAUAUGAUGUUUGAAUGUCAAAUGUUAGAUUUGUAGUGGGAAGCUGAUAUGGAAUGUUGCAGUUUUUACUAAUCAAUCCGGAACCUGGAGAGGAAAUAUUAUGAAUCUUGAAUCAUGUUCUUCAAGCAA